GGCCAGGCUGUGAGAGAUUAGGGGCUGCUGCGGGGGCCAAUCUCAACCAGUUUGCCUUUUCCCAGCGGCCUCUGCGGGAGCGGUGGGUGUUGUACACAAUCAUCAUGGCGGCGGCCGGAGCCCCGGAUGGCAUGGAGGAACCUGGCAUGGACACAGAGGCCGAGACGGUGGCGGCCGAGGUGCCCGCGCGGCCUCUCAACUGCGUGGAGGCUAAAGCCGCGGCGGGGGCGGCGGCCGAGGACUCCUGCGCCGCGCGAGGCAGCCUGCAGCCAGCCCCGGCCCAGCCCCCCGGGGACCCCGCGGCCCAGGCCUCGGUCAGCAACGGCGAGGACGCGGGCGGCUGCGCGGGUAGGGAGCUGGUGGACCUGAAGAUCAUCUGGAACAAGACCAAGCACGACGUGAAGUUCCCCCUAGACAGCACAGGCUCCGAGCUAAAACAGAAGAUUCACUCAAUUACGGGUCUCCCACCUGCCAUGCAGAAAGUCAUGUAUAAGGGACUUGUUCCUGAGGAUAAGACUUUGAGAGAAAUAAAAGUGACCAGCGGGGCCAAGAUCAUGGUGGUUGGCUCCACAAUAAAUGACGUUUUAGCAGUGAACACGCCCAAAGAUGCAGCACAGCAGGACUCAAAGGCCGAAGAAAACAAGAAGGAGCCUCUAUGCAGGCAGAAACAACACAGGAAAGUGUUGGAUAAAGGAAAACCUGAAGAUGUGAUGCCGUCAGUCAAGGGUGCCCAGGAGCGCCUGCCAACGGUACCCUUAUCCGGCAUGUACAAUAAGUCUGGAGGGAAAGUGAGACUCACCUUUAAGCUAGAACAAGACCAGCUGUGGAUUGGCACUAAAGAGCGGACUGAGAAAUUGCCCAUGGGCUCCAUUAAAAAUGUGGUCAGUGAACCUAUCGAAGGACACGAAGACUACCACAUGAUGGCGUUUCAGUUGGGCCCCACGGAAGCCUCUUACUACUGGGUGUACUGGGUUCCAACUCAAUAUGUGGAUGCAAUCAAAGACACUGUGCUGGGGAAAUGGCAGUAUUUUUGAAAGCACUUUCACCUCUGGCCCAGGAGACUGACCCAAAGUGAAGGACAUUGCUGGGAGAGGCCUGCAGCAUCCCUGGAUUUCAGAGUUCUGGAACUUUGUUCAAAAAACAAUCUGUAUCCAAUCUAAGGUGAUAUGAUGACUGAAGCCAGAGGUGAUGUACUUUCACCAUUAGCUUAAUUUUAACUUAAAAAUCACCGGUCCCCUUUUCUUGCAGUCAGCUUCAUACCAUUUUUAAAGUCAUUAUGGUGGAAAUCAAUAAAUCUGAAUUCCGAACGUGCUGCGUGGAAUAGUCUUAAGUGUGUUUGAGAGUAGAUCUGCCAAUUUUGUUUAGAAGGGAAUGAUCUAAAGCUUUCUGGGUUUUUUUAAAAAAGUGAUUUCAAUGGAAAUAUUUUCAUAAAUCUUUGGUUGCUAACAUUUGGACUGCGUUGUGAUAAGUUGGGUUUUUGGUUUUUCUUUCCCUUAUAAAAUUGUAUGCAAAAUGGGAGGGUUAGUAAGCCAUAUUUUUCUGCCCAUUGAUUCAGAUUUAAUUCUUUCCCUUUCUUAUUUUCUCACUUCUUAGAUUUGAGUUUUUGUUUUAAAAACCCAAAGAUACCACUGUUCUUUUUGUACCUCAUCCACGGUUCUUUUCCUGGGCUCCCUCCCACCACGCUGCUGCUUGUGAACGAGUGGUGGGAGCGGAAGGGCUCUUUGGUCUCGGUCAGGGAGCUCUCACCCCUGCUCUGGCGUUUGUCGGGCAGCAGAGUAUCUCGAAGUGAUUCCUGUCUAAAUGUCUUGCCCUUUGGCUCUGAUCUCCGAGGAGUUGGACCACUGGCUCGGGCUGUCUGCAGCCCUCCCCAGCUUGGUUUUGAGGCCCAGCCUGGCCAUGCCUGGGCCAUGCUGCUGAAAAGGCCAUGCUCCCAGGCAGACAGAGGGCUUCUUCGUGCCAGGUAGAAGCUAGUUUAUACAGCCGUAAUACCUUCUUUAUUUGGAAGUUUUCAAGAAAUUCUGAAGCAGUCCAAUGGUUACUUCGAUUAUGCUUUUCCAUUUGGUCCUUCUGCUCAUCUGUUCAGUUCAAGUGUCCUUUAUCCCAGAUUCAGAGAUGCUGCCUUUCUCAAUAAGAUGACAUCUGACCUAGUGGGUUGGCUGAUGUACUUAAACAAUGAAAAUGGGAUAAAUUGCUUUCAUGAUUCGAUCGCCCUCUUCUGGUUUUAGCUCUUAUGUUCUCGGUACACGUGAACUUCUGUUGUCUCCUGGUGACUUGAUUGACCUGAAAUGAGGGAAGUCUCUUGGUGAAUGAUAUCCUUCGUGCUGUUUGCUGUUUCUCUGCUGCUGUCUUUGUGAUUCUCCUCUCACUGGUUGCAGGCUCUCAUAGUAGGGUUUGGCGAGAGAUUCUCCAAUCUUCACAUUUUGGAUUCUAGGCUGUUAGCCCUCACUCUGUGAAAUGUAUUCGCAUGUGUUCGCCUAAGACAACUAUUCCUUGUGAGCCAGUUAAUGGUGAUAUUCCACACUCCUCCCUUCUAAGCUGUAGUUCAGGAAUCCAGCCCAUGUAGACAGACUCUAGCUUUUCAUGGUGUAGUUGAUGCCAAGUUCUGCAUCUGGGCAGGAAAAUCUACUCUUGCUUAUUUUGGAGACAUACGUACAUAUGUGAAGUGCAGCAUCCAAAAAUCUGCCUGUUUUUCACCCGUUGAAAAAGGAGCAGUAACUGUGGUUUUUCUGUCCUUGUUGGCCUGUAGUUCCUGGGGAAGAGACUGCGUCUUCGCUACUCAUCAGAGCCUCCCUCUGCAGUUAACAGGGCUGCAGAGGAAACCAUCAUGUAGCAAGUGGAGCAUCAUCUCAGUUCACACACUGCCCUUUUUGUUGGCCAACACUCCUGUCCUAGUGGCUUGUUCUGACAGUACCGCACACCCAUUGUUGAUCUCUCAAGGCAGGUGUCUGCUUCCCCCAACUUGCCUUGAAAUGCUGCUUUCAGAGGCCUCCUCCUGCCAGUUCUCAUCAUUUGCCUUGUUGGAGUGGCUCCCCACACUGUCUGACUCCCCUUCCGCCCAGUGAGAGUGUGCGUUCCACCAUCUCCGUGCUCCCUGGGAGCCAGACUGCUUCUCACUCAGGCUGGUGUCAUUUCAAGACAGGACCAAAGCCUGCGUGAGCCUUUUUAUGUUAAGUAAAAUGGUGCUUUUUUCCUUACUUCAAGAUGUUAUAUAUAGACAAUAACAUACAUGAUACCUUUUGGUACGGAGCUGUUUGAGUAUUGCUUUACAGAGCUCACUGAAUCUGCUAGAGCGAUCUUGAGCUCUGGCUCCUGACCCUGUCUGCAUGGAAGACCUUGCUAGAAGCUUUCGGGAGAGCGGGAGAGCAGAGGUAGACAGCACCAGAAGCCACUUGGGGGAGUGUUUGACUUAGAUCCUUGUCUGGGUCACAGCAGUGUUCACUACUUUGUCACGCUGUCCGUGACUGUUUCUUACAGUCCGGAAUGUACUGACUAAAUCUGUAAGCAGAUGGAAACACUCUUCCCCUUCCGUAGCAUAACAGUGUUUAUUUUUUUCUCAGGAUUAUUUCUGUACAGUUUCUUCACUGUCACUCUCUUUUCUUUAGUCUGUCAGAGGAUACGGUUCUUUUCCUUGGGGUCGCGAUCUUCCCUUGCUGUAGCAGAGGGUGUGCAGGUGGAUAAGGGAAGAACUGCUUCCAGUGGAGGGACUCUAAUGUGCAUUUAUCUGAAGCUAGAGAUUGAGGGAGGGCCUGUUCACCGCUAAGGGGCUAAGGGGGUUGCCGUCUCGUCCAUGUUGGACACUUUGCUGGGCCUCCUGAUGGGCUUUUGUCUUUCUAGAGUUUGUACUGGUGAGCCUCUUGCAGGUCUUUGCUCACAGACAUCAUGCCUUUUUUUCCUUACCUGAGGUGACUUGCCAGAAUAAUGACAACAUCAUCCUUUCUAAGGCCUGGUCCCUCUUAUCUCUGUCUCAGUCCAGUCAGAGAACUUAGAAAAGAUAGACUCUCAAGUUGCUGGAACCCUUUGGUAUUAAGUAUUUUAAUUGAUGAUGGGCCCUUUGCAAGUAGCGUUAGCUCUUUUUAAAUGAAGUUGAACUGAACUAAGGAUGCACUUUCUUAUGAUCUUGUGGACAUAGUAGGGGCACAAGUGAGGCCCGCCGUUGGCUCCUUAGUUGCUGCUUUAUUUCAUGAGGGCCAAAGAGAUUAAUUUUGCCAUGUUGCCAUGUCUCUGAGAAGUUGCCAUAUUUCAGCCAGAAGGGGUUUGCUCUCUUCCUCUUAGUUUAACCAUGUGCCUGGAGGAGCCGUCCGGGCCCUUGCACUUGGCCCACCCUUGCUUUGCCAGGGGCAGAGAAGGGAAAGGGGGUAGAUUACAUGUGCCAAGGGUGUGCAAGGGCAGGCUUUCUUUCCACCGCAUCUUCUGAGGGAGACUUCCUCUUGCUCCUUGCCUCUGUUCAUGCCUGUUGUCUUGGAAAAGGAUGGUCCUUUGUCUUAAGGCUUUGUGAUAAAAGUCCUCUCCAGCUAGGAUCGGCACCUGUUUCCUUCCUAAUCAGGCCUGGUGACUUUUCUGAAGUUACAGGUGGUCAGGAGCCCUCUAAUGUGCAGAACAUCUGGUAGAUUUACCUACCAGGCUGGGUGUUUCUACUGCUUUCUGAAUUUCUAAGAACCGUUUUCUUUUUCUUUCUUAAAGAGUUCUGCAGAAUUAUUCGACAAUAUACGUAAGUACCGUGUCUCCUUGUGGUGUAUGCUUUGUUCUGGUUUUUGUUUUUAAAUCACAUGCCUGUUUGGGAGGAGAUGAACAUAUUUAGUCUAUUAGAUUUGCGCUGCUGGAUUUUUUUUUUUAAGUGUAACCUUGACUAGCUGUAUUAUUGUUUAUCCUGUAAGAUUAGUCUAUCAAUUAAAGUUUGAUAAUUAAUUGCGUCUCUUUUUCCUUCCAGUUCUUCAUGCACUUAAUCCAUACUGGGGAUUGACCAACAUUUGGAACUGGGCCCAAAGCCAUCUUUUUGCCUGCUGUAGUUUAUUAUAUUACUGUCUUAUUUAUUUGGCCUUAAGUAUAUCCAAAUUUGAG